CUCUCCGAUCUCGAACCAUGCUUGAAUGGAGGUGACCUUAGUUCCAGUGAAAUUGUGAAAGUAGGGAGGCUUCCUAGUGGGUCCGAGCGCAGGUUCUCCUCCACGGUCCGGUCCGGUUCUAAUGGUCAGUCCGUCCUGAGGUUCUCUGAGGUUCCCGACAGGCAGCAGAGAUGGCGGAAGCACAUCAGACACGCGUGCAGGUGGCGGUGGAAGAAAUGGUCCAAAGCCUGGAGAAGGAGCACAUCCGCAAAAUGCAGGGUCGCAUGUUCAAGUGCAGCGCCGACUGCUGCGAACGCUCCACGGACUCCAUGUCUCAGGUUCAUCACUGCAUCGAGAGGUGUCACACUCCUCUGGCCCAGGCUCAGGGACUGGUCACGUCAGAGCUGGAGAAGUUUCAGGACCGUCUGUCCAGAUGCACGAUGCACUGCAACGACAAAGCGAAGGACCUUUUCGACUCCGGCGCCAAAGAACCAGCCGUCCGAUCCCUGAUGGAGCGCUGCGUGGGCAGCUGUGUGGACGACCACGUCAACCUGAUCCCCAGCAUGACCCGGAGACUCAAAGAGAGUCUGGACUCUAUACAGCAGUGAGGAGCAGGACGGGGCGGCUCGGCGUCCGUCCUAAACUUAGUCUGGGCUCUUUAGAAUCACUUACAGCAGGGCUAGUCGCCUGAGGAGCAGGAAUAACAUAAAAAAGUGGGGAGAGUGAAGUUUAAACAAAGCGACUCUGCCCAGAAACGGUGAGAUCUGUCAUCAGAGCUGUUGGUUUGUCUGUGAGAUGGCGUCUCGUUGUCGUGUGUGAAAAGAUAUUUGCUCAAAAAUGCUUUGAAGAGAGCUGUUCAUGUGCAUUUUUUUUUUUAAAGAGGUAAAUGUAUUCAGAUAUACAUGACACAAUCCAUCAACAUGAUUCACAUGAAGGUUUUUAUAUUCCGGUGCAGUUCCUCAUCAUCUUGAGCCCACUCGUCUCUUUUUUUGGUGUCAUUUAACUGUAAGUUGUUCAGCAUUUUCUGUCAUUGUCAGAUGUGUUUAUAUAUCUGGAUUAAAAAGAAGAAAACCUGUUUUUGACUGCGUUUUCUCUGCAUGCAGACGCUGAGACGAAGCAACCAGUUUUUUUGUAACAUGUAUUUUAAUGACGACAGGAAUAUUCUCAGUUCUGUACAAAUAAUGGUACAAGAAAAAAAAGGCAACACUGUAGAGUGGCAGCCUGAGUGAUGGUAGAAAAAUCAUACAAGGAGCAGUCGACGCACUGCAGACUCGAUGUAAAAUCCCCAAAAAACCAGGUUUAAUAAACUGUCAAGGUAGAAAAUGUGUUAAUUCUACAGCUGGUUUAAUUAUGCGGCCCGGCUGGUGAACUGAAAAUGAAUUCGUGUUCGCUGUAAUGACGAUGGGAUACGAGCAGGGAGUUGAUACAGCAAGACAGACAUCAAGUCAGCAGAUGGAGAAAGGUGAUGAUAAUAAGACAGCAGUUGAGUCUUCAAACUGGGAUAUGAAGUGAUGAUCUCUAAAUUCUUACUUUUGGUCCUUCAUAUAAAUGUAAAACAACAAGUGACUGAGGAUGAAGAAGUCGAGAUAGGAAGCUCUUUGGAUUGUUGUUUAAAUAAACGUCUGAUUUAUAUCAAGAUGUUAUUUCAGAGACCAGAACCGACUCUGGAGAGGAGCCAAAUGGAAGCUGAGCUGCCUACGCUCUGAUCUUCAAGCCGUUCCGACAGAUAAAUGUCGCACAACAGCUUUAAGUUUCUUGAAUAAACAGAGAACGAUUUCUCCCUUUGCUUCUUGGUUAAUUUAGUUUGAAUCUUACGUACACUUUUAAACCAAACUGUCCAACAGCAAGCGGACAACUUUUGGAUUUCCCAGAUCAGCAACUUCACAUCAAACCACUUUCAUUCCUCACAAACAUCAGUUGUUCUGAACCGGUUCUGUGGAGUUGCGCAGGAAUGGUUCUUGAUUUUUCCACAACGACCACCUGAUGAAUGAAAGUGUUACGUACAUGCAAUAUAUAAGUAACCAGUACAUGAUGAGUCAGUGAUGAUAUGAAUCAAGUGUAACAGCUCCUGAAACAUCUGUGCAGCCGGAUUAAAGAGCUUCAUUGGACAAACAGGAGGAUUACUGUGACAGCACCGCAGCCCGACAGAAAGGGCAGUUUUAUUGGCAGUGGAGAAUCGUAUGUUUUCUGCUGCAAAAAAAUACAUCCAUACAAA